UACACCUGAACUACAUAAUCUACAUAUCAAAACUACAAUUUUCAUAUAAAAACCUUCAAACAUUACGAAUUAAUGUUAGCAUUAUUGAUUUAUUUCCCUUUGGCCCUCUGUUGUUGCCUUUCCCCGUAUACACACGAGUCACGACCUUGUCCAUGAAUCGACUCGCCGAGUCAACACAAAAGUCAAACUCCAUUGCUGAAAUUUUGUUCUCGACGGUUAAAAAAGAUUCGAAAUUCGACAAUUCUGCAGAAUUGGAUCCGACCCAGAAAAAUUCACAGGCGAUGGAGCUUCUACAGCCAGAGCACCCGCCCCAUCUCGACCCGACCCGUUACCCGCUUCGUGGGUUGUCUUCUCCGUCGAGGCUCUUCUCGCCGGAGACGGCGGAAGAAGACACCCUUCGGAGAAACAUCGCAGACAUAGUGUACGUAGCUGUCGGAAAGACCGUUGACAAGGCUUUGAGCCUGCUCCAAUGGAGUUUCAAGCAAUUCGCUGGCUGCGAAAUUUGUUUGCUUCACAUUCACCAACCGUCUCCUCUGAUACCGACUCUGCUGGGGAAAUUGCCAGCGAGUCAAGCAAACAGUGAAUUGGUGAAGGCAUACAGAAGGGAAGAAAGGGAAAAGAUGAGGAAUCUCCUGGAUAUUUACUUGAAGGCUUGUGCUCGAACCAAGGUGAAAGCAAGUGUCCUUGUAACCGAAGCUGAUCAGGUGGCUCGAGGGAUUUUAGAGCUAAUAAAUAGACACUGUAUAAAGAAGCUUGUGAUGGGUGCCGUACCCGAGAGCUGCAUGAAGAUGAGGAGUUCAAGCAAAGCAUUUUAUGCUUCGAAAAAGGCACCUGCAUUUUGUGAGAUUUGGUUUGUCAACAAAGGGAAACAUGCUUGGGUUCGAGAAGCUUUUGAACGCACAUCUGCAGAAGUUUCGGGUUCUAGAUCAUUUCGUCUCAGUAGUAGAAGUAAUCUAUCUCUCAACCUCGGGAAUUGGCGGUCUCGAUCUGCUAGAAACUUAGUUUCCGAUGAGUUAUCCAGCCGACUCGGGGCUGGUCAAGUUCACACUGAACUGCCCAUGUCUCCUCGACGACAAUGUAACUUGUCAAAUGUUAGUAGUAGCAGUGUCUCUGAUUCUUCAUCGAGUAGUGCAGAAAAAAGGCUAUCUUCGAAUUCCGAUUCAAAGGUUGAUGAAGAUUGCCUCUACAGUCAGUUCAAUGAAGCAAGAACAGAGGCUGAGGCGUCGAAACACGAAGCUUUUCGGGAAGAGUUGAACCUUAAAAAUUUGGAGUCUGGAUUUAUCGAUGCCAUCAACAAGGUUAAAGCAUUUGAAUCUGCACAUGCCCACGAAGUAAAUCUCCGGGAAGAAGCUGAAAAUGAACUUAGAAGUGUCAUAAACCAGCAGGAGAAGCUCUCGGAAGAGAAAGAGAAACUCGCUAGAAAGUUAGAGAGAGCAAUGAGAAAUGUUGCCUUCCUAGACUGUCGUGCACAGGGAGCCAGUCGGCGGCGCGAGGAAGUUUCGGCAGAGCUAAAGCUCGUCGAGUCAUCCUUGGCGGGAUUGCGUCUAGAGAAGCAGAAGAUUAGGAGGCAGAAAAUGGAUGCUACCCGUUGGAUCGAACGGUGGAAAAGCAACGGGCAUGAAGGGUCCUCGAGUUUUUGCAAUGAAUUCGUUGGAUUUGAAGAAGGUGAUGAAGAUUUGCCCGAGGUAGCUGAAUUCUCCUUGUCAGAACUUGAAUCCGCCACUUUCCAUUUCUCCGAGAGUUUCAAACUGGGACAAGGCGGGAACGGGUGUGUCUACAAAGGCGAGAUGCUGGGAAGAACCGUCGCGAUUAAGAAAUUGCAUCCGCAUAAUAUGCAAGGACAGCUAGAGUUUCAGCAAGAGGUCCGGGUUCUCAGCAAACUGCAACACCCUCAUCUCGUGACAAUGUUCGGAUAUUGUCCUGAAGCCUGGUCGAUUGUUUACGAGUAUCUUCCAAAUGGGAGUCUACAAGACCGUCUUUUCCGUAAAACCAACGUCUCUCCCUUGUCAUGGGAGAUACGAGCUCGGGUUAUAGCCGAAAUCUCGAAUGCUCUCUGUUUCUUGCAUUCUUCUAAACCCGAGAAGAUAGUGCAUGGUGAUUUGAAACCGGAGAACAUACUUCUAGACUCGGAACUCACCUGCAAAAUCUGUGAUUUUGGUAUCUGCAGACUGGUAUCUGAAGAAUCCUUUUACCGUUCAGAUUUUAACAAUGAGCCGAAAGGAGCUUUCCCAUACGCCGAUCCCGAGUUUCACAGAUACGGCAUCCUAACUCCAAAAUCUGAUGUUUACUCAUUCGGCAUAAUCAUCUUACAACUUCUCACGGGAAGGCCACCCGUUGGGUUGGUUGGGGAAGUGCGAAAAGCCGUGUUCUUGGGAAAGUUAGCCUCUAUUUUGGAUUCAACGGCAGGUGAAUGUCCGAUAUUCUUGGCCAAACGCCUUGCAAACAUCGGGCUACAAUGCUGUGAACAGCACAGCAGAGACAGGCCUGAUCUUACACCGUCUCUCGUGAGGGAGUUGGAGCAGUUGCACAUUCCAGAAGAACGGCCUGUGCCAUCUUUCUUCUUGUGCCCAAUCUUUCAGGAGAUAAUGCAUGAUCCGCAGUUAGCGGCCGACGGGUUCACUUACGAGGGAGAAGCUAUACGUUCGUGGUUCAAGAACGGGCACAUGACUUCUCCGAUGACCAACCUGAAGCUAAACCAUCUGCAUCUCACUCCUAACCACGGUUUACGCCUCGCGAUUCAAGAUUGGCUCUGCAAAUCUCGACUAUACAUGUACAUGUAGAUGUUUCCACUUGUUGUCCGUCUAUGUAACAUAAGAUGUUUUUGCAAUAAGCGAUGCCAAAAUCUGAUCAUUUGGUCCAAAUAAUUCAGUCCUUGUAUCCAAUCAAAAGCAAUAAUCUGACAGUUAAGUUCUAACCAUAAACU